GUUGUGGUCUAGUGAACGUGGGGAAUUAAAAUGUUGACGACCCCACCAAGCCUCCACCGCAUAGUCUCAUCCACUACGAUCGCUAUCUCCAAUGGAAAAUCUUUCUUGGGCUCAUCAGCCUCUUCAGCAAUUUCUUGACGAAUCGCCCAACUCUGAUAGCUUGACUCAGGUUACGAAGGCAUUGGUUCAAGCAACCAAGUCUGUAAAAAGAGCAAAGUUACGGCUGGAAUUAGAAUGUCUCCUCCAGAGACAGUAUAUAGAGUACAAGCGUAACUUUAAUGCGGAGUUACAAUUGCAGUCACUUCCGAGCUGUGAAUUGGCAACCAAGCUAUUCCACAGACUACAGGAAAAAGGAAUGGUCGUGUAUGGGUACAUACAUCAUACGGAUGGUCUUGAGGCACAAGUUCUCGAACUAGAUGACGAGGACAUCAACCUUCUUAUUGAAAGCAUAGGCAAUUUCUUAGAAGCAAAAAGAGAACAACAAAACCCUGGUAUUGUGGGAAUCUACCUAUGGCUUUCUAUGCAAUCUGUGAAUGCCUGUUCAGGUACGCUUAUCUUAUGUUAAUAUUAUUACUUAACUAACAACUUCAAGAUAUACUACCAGAUGAUCUGAAGGACGAUAAGAAUAAUAAAAAGGUUGCACAGAAUGAGAAACGGAGACUUAAGCGGAAACGUGGAUCAGACCCCAAGGGACUGGAGAGCAUUCAUAACCCCUCAACCUUACUGCAGUAUAAUUCGAGUAUACCAGAAUAUCAAACACCCUAUCCACAAAUUGAUGGUAUGUUCCCAUGUUAUAUUUAGUUUGUAAAUAUUAAUUUAGAUAUAUAGAGUGGCGGGAGUAGGCCAAAACAAGACACGGAGACCUAAAGGGAGAUUAGAUUAAGCCAGAUGACCCUCUUAGAAGAG